AUGUUGUUCACGCUGAGCAUCAUCUCCACGAUUGUGUCACUCGCAUCUGCGCUAAUCCUCGACACGCCUUCCUCGCAGUGGUACAGCGGGGAAGAGGUUACAGUAACCUGGCAGGAGCAGCCCACUGGGGACCCUGUCUUCACUCUUGUGUUGGCCAGCUCUGUAACCCAUAUCGGUUUAGCGAUCGCCGGUGAUGUCGCUCCUGCGUUAGGGUCUCUUGCUAUCACGGUGCCUGAUGUUCAGCCUGGAUCAUAUGUCCUUGAGGCAGUCAACGUGACGAAUGAUUCAGACAUUUACGCGGAGACUGCUUCGUUCGACAUCUUGUAG